UGUUAUGGCGACAUCGACUUUCCCGUUGACAUCUUGGUAAAGAACAGCAGAGCUGACGACCGUAAUAGGUGUUGUGUUGUCUGUUUUACCGGAAGCUUUGAUGAGGAAAGAUAGAAGUGUACAAUUCUCAAAUGAAUACGGCUGUUUUUCAUAUACACGAGAAAUAAGUGACGGGAAGUAAAGUGUUACCCUUAAUCCUUGUAACAACGAUGACAGUUCACAACUUGUUCAUAUUUGAUCGAAAUGGAACAUGUCUACAUUACAGUGAGUGGAAUCGGAAGAAACAGGCUGGUAUUUCAAAAGAGGAGGAGUAUAAACUAAUGUUUGGAAUGCUGUUCUCUAUCCGUUCCUUCGUGGGCAAGAUGUCUCCUGUUGACAUGAAGGAAGGUUUCUUGUCUUUUCAGACAAGUAAAUACAAGCUGCAUUACUACGAGACCCCCACCGGCCUAAAAUUUGUAUUGAACACUGACCUGGGAGUGCAGAACAUCCGUGACAUUCUACACCAGAUUUAUAGCAAUAUUUAUGUAGAAUAUGUUGUGAAAAAUCCCCUCUGUGCUCAGAAUGAACCCAUUCAGAGCGAACUGUUUCGUACUAAACUAGACAACUUCAUUCGUGGGCUUCCAUUCUUCUCAGCUCGAGCAGGGUGAAAUAUGCUUCUCGUUGUACCCCGAAAAAAAAAAUUGUGGCUUUUAAAUGUCCCAGAAUGCAAUAUUGAGGAAACAACAUCAUCCAUUUCUUCAGUAGCUGGAGCAAAUAACAGACGUAUCUUCAGAUGCAGCCCUGUCACACUUCCAAGCUGUCCUUACCCUUACGUUUUUUGGUGGACACACUUUUUUUUUUUUUUGAAGGGGACUUGUAAUGUAAAAUAAAUUAUUUUUCACUUUUAA